AUCAAGUUCUUUUGGCAGCCCGCGGCUUCCCUCAAACGGCCGCAAGCCGCUGUGGACAAAGCCAACAGGCAGCUGGAGCGUCUUUGCACACUCACUGGAAAACUCUCAAAGGGUUAAAAGGUCCAGCCCGCAAGGGAGAGCCAGGGCAAGGUCAAGGGUCAGUGCCGGCUUUAAAGAGCGGCUCCGCAAAGGCGGCGUGUGCUCGGUACUCACGUGCCGCUGUGCAGCGUGGACCCCGGGUUCCCGGGCGCUCCCUGCUGCCUGCUGCGCCCUGGGCGCGGAGAGGUUUACAGCACCCAGGCGAGCUGUGCAGCCCUCUGGAGAGCUGGGGGCCGCCUCUGGGGUUCUGAGUAUCCCCAGACACUGGGGAGAGUUCGAAGAAAAGCAGGAGACCUUCACUAACAAAAUGAAGAACCUGCUAAUUACAUUUGUCCUAAUCCUUUGGACUGAAACACUGGCUGAUCAGAGCCCAGACCCAGGACCUCAGUAUGCAGAUGUUGUGUUCCUGCUGGACAGCUCGGAUCACCUGGGAAUUAAGUCCUUCCCUUUUGUGAGAACAUUCAUCAACAAGAUGGUCAACAGUCUCCCCAUAGAGGCCAACAAAUACCGCGUGGCCCUGGCCCAGUACAGCGACAGGCUCCACAGUGAGUUCCAGCUGAACACCUUCAAGAGCAAGAACCCCAUGCUGAACCACCUCAAGAAGAACUUCGCGUUCAUGGGCGGCUCCCUGCGGGUAGGGAACGCUCUCCAGGAGGCUCACAGGACCUACUUCUCCAGCCAGGCCAACGGGAGAGAUAAGAAACUGUUUCCGCCGAUUCUGGUGGUCCUGUCUUCAGCCGAAUCCGAGGAUGACGUGAAAGAGGCUUCCAAGGCUCUGCAACAAGACGGGGUGAGAAUCAUCUCGGUGGGGCUGCAGACAGCGCCUGAGGAGGACCUGAAGGCCAUGGCCACGGCCCAGUUUCAUUUCCGCCUCCGGACAGUCAGGGACCUCAGCGCCUUCUCCCAGAACCUGACACAGAUCAUCAAGGACGCGGUUCAAUACAAGGAAGGGGCCACUGACGCUGAAGUAAAAGUUCCCUUGCCAUGUGAAAAAGAUUCACUGGCUGACCUUGUGUUCCUGGUGGAUGAGGCAGUUGGGACAAGACAAAAUCUAAGGAACCUGCAGAGAUUCCUGGAGAACAUUACCUCCUCCCUGGAUGUGAGGGACAACUGUGUGCGGCUUGGACUUAUGAGUUACAGCAAUAAAGCUGAGACUAUCUCUCUUCUGAGAUCAAGUACAAGUCAAUCUGCAUUUCAGGAGCAAAUCCAGAAGCUUGCUCUCCGGACUGGGAAAUCCAAUGCUGGGGCUGCCCUUGAUAAGCUGAGAAGAGAAGGCUUCUUAGAGUCAAGUGGCAGCAGAAGGGCCCAGGGAGUGCCUCAGAUCGCAGUUCUGGUCACUCAGAGACCCUCAGACGAUGAUGUGCGUGAGACCGCGAUGAAACUUCGUCGGGAGGGCGUAACCAUAUUUGCUGUGGGCAUCCAAGGGGCUAACUAUACCCAGUUAGAAGAAAUAGUAUCUUACCCUCCAGGACAGACAGCUUCCCUACUGCAGUCCUAUGCAGACUUGGAAACUUACAGUAGGAACUUCCUGAAAAAGGUCCAGAAUGAAGUAUGGUCCAAAGUUGAUAUUCGUGCUGAACAAAUGGAUCUUGACAAAACUGGCUGUGUGGAUACAAAAGAGGCUGAUUUAUAUUUCCUCAUUGAUGGCUCAGGCAGUAUCCAGCAAGAGGAUUUUGGUCAAGUCAAGGCAUUUAUGUUGGGGGUAAUAGACAUGUUUAGCAUUGGCCCAGACAAAGUCAGAGUUGGGGCUGUGCAGUAUUCAGAUAAGAGGCAAGUAGAAUUUGAUAUCCAUAUUUAUACCAAUGAAGUGGACUUAAGACAGGCUGUUUUAAACAUCAAUCAACUCGGAGGUGGAACUAAAUCUGGGACAGCGCUGGAUUUCAUUCUGCCAAUAAUAAGGGAGGGAAGGAAGCAUAGGUCAAGCGAGGUUCCCUGUCACCUCAUUGUGCUGACUGAUGGGAUGUCUGAGGAUGGAGUCCUGGAGCCUGCUGAGAGAAUCAGGGCUGAACAAAUCACCAUCCAUGCCGUUGGCAUUGGGAAGGCUAACAAAACACAACUGCUACAGAUUGCUGGGAAAGAAGAAAGAGUUAGCUUUGGGCAAAACUUUGAUUCUUUAGAAAGCAUCAAAAAGGAAGUCAUUCACAGCAUCUGCACCGAAAAAGGAUGUAAAGACAUGAAGACUGACAUCAUGUUUCUGGUGGACAGUUCUGGCAGUAUAGGAGCUACUAACUUUGAGAAAAUGAAAACCUUCAUGAAAAAUGUGUUAGCUAAGAUUCAAAUUGGCCCAGACAAAAGUCACAUUGGUGUUGUUCAGUUCAGUGGUUAUGCUAAGGAAGAGUUCCGACUUAAUCAAUAUUUCACGCAAAAAGAAAUUUCUGGUGCAAUAGACAGAAUGUCUCUCAUUGGUCAAAACACUUUAACUGGAAGUGCACUGACCUUUGUAGAGAAAUAUUUCACCGAUCCCAAGGAAGCCCGUCCUCGGGUCAGACAGUUUCUUAUUCUCAUCACGGAUGGAGAAGCACAGGAUGAUGUGAGAGAUCCUGCCAAAGCUCUUCGGAACAAGGAUGUGAUUGUCAUCGCUGUGGGGGUGUAUGGCUCCAACCGGACUCAGCUCGAGGAGAUCAGUGGGGAUGGCAACCUGGUCUUCCAUGUUGAGAAGUUCGAUCAUCUAAAGGCAUUAGAAAGUAAACUCAUCUUUCAUGUGUGUGCUCUUCAUGAUUGUAAAAGCACCAGACAGUUAGACAUUGUAUUCGUGCUGGAUCAUUCUGGCAGCAUAAGUGCAGACCAGCAAGAAAGCAUGAUUAACCUGACUGUCCACCUGGUGAAUAAAGCAGAAGUUGGCAGGGACCGAGUUCAGUUUGGAGCAGUCAGAUACUCGGACCAGCCAGAGGUCCUCUUCUACCUCAAUACGUACCCGAACCGAUCAGGGAUCAUUGAGAAUCUGAGGAGGCGCAGGAGCCCUGGAGGGAGGACCUACACUGCCAGGGCUCUCAGGCACACAGACACCCUGUUUACAGAGGAAUACGGCAGCCGCAUCAGGCAAGACGUGAAGCAGAUGCUGAUCAUCAUCACUGAUGGAGAGUCCGAUGACCGAAAUAUGCUCGGUGACACAGCAUUGAAAUUAAGAGAGAAAGGCAUUGUCAUCUUUGCAGUGGGUGUGGAUAAGGCCAAACAAGAGGAGCUUGAGACUAUGGCAGGGAAUAAAAACAAUACUAUCCACGUAAGCGAUUUUGACAAACUGAAAGAUAUUUACCUGCCUGUACAAGAAAGUAUGUGUACCAAUGCACAAGAGCCCUGUGGCAUUCGAGAAGCUGAUGUGAUUUUCCUUUGUGAUAGCUCUAGCAUGAUAUCUGAUUCAGAUUUUGUUAUCCUGACAAAAUUCUUGUCAGACUUAAUUGAUAAUUUUGACAUUGAGUCACAAAGAAUGAAAAUUGGGAUGGCUCAGUUUGGGAACCUCUACAAUGAAAUUGUUGGUUUGGGAAACCCUCUGACUAAAACCCAGUGGAAGACUCAAAUUCAAAAUAUCACCAAGGGCAAAGGGCCUCCACAAAUCAAUUUUGCCCUUAGGAAAGUCAACUUAAUGUUUCAUCCACACGCUGGUGGAAGAGGAAAUGCUGGUGUCCCUCAAACUUUGGUUGUGAUCACAUCUGGGGAUCCCCAAGAAAAUGUGGCAGAUGCAGUAGAAAUCCUGAAAAAAAGUGGAAUUUGUGUCCUGGUUUUUGGCAUAGGACAUGUUCAUAAGGCACAGCUCCUGCCGUUAACAGGCAACUCUGAAAAAAUAAUCACCUUUCAAGACUUUAAUAAAUUAAAAGAUGUGGACGUGAAAAAAAGAAUUGUCCGGGAAAUCUGCCAGAGCUGCGGGAAAACCAGUUGCUUUGUGAAUGUAGUGGUCGGGUUCGAUAUUUCCACUCACCUGCCAGGGCAGCUGUUGUUCCAUGGCCACCCCCGGCUGGAAUCAUACCUCCCAGACAUCUUACAGGACAUCACCUCCAUCAGGGGAGUGAGCUGUGGAGCAGGUGCAGAUACACAUGUGAAUGUGGCCUUUAAGGUGAACAAUGACCAACAAUUCCCUGCCAAGUUCCAAAUCUACCAGGAAACAGUAUUUGAUAGCCUGCUGCAAGUCACCGUCAAUGGGCCAACCCACCUGAAUGCACAGUUCUUGCAGCAGCUGUGGGAUACAUUUGAGAAUAAACCUGCAUCCCAAGGACAGGUGUUACUCAUCUUUUCAGAUGGUCUUGGGAGUGAAAGCCUCAUGAUGCUUGAAAAUCAAUCAGACAGGCUCAGAGAGGCAGGACUUGAUGCCCUGCUGGUAGUGUCCCUAAACCCGACUGCUCAUGACGAGUUCUCCAGCUUUGAAUUUGGAAAAGGAUUUGAUUACAGGACUCACCUGAACAUUGGAAAGAGAGACCUGGGCAAAACACUAUCUCAGUAUCUGGGAAACAUUGCAGAGAGGACGUGCUGCUGUACACUCUGCAAGUGUCCAGGGACUCCAGGACCUCAUGGAACCCAAGGAUUACAAGGCCCGAAGGGUUUUCGGGGUCUGAAAGGCACCAGAGGACACAGGGGAGAGGACGGAGACCCUGGAACUCGAGGAGAAAUCGGACUCCCAGGAGAUAAAGGGAUUACAGGAUGUCCAGGGCAGUUGGGUCAAAAGGGAGUCAGAGGAAUUCCUGGAAAUAAGGGAGAAGAGGGAGAAGAUGGCAUUGAUGGACUCGAUGGGGAAGAGGGCUUUCAUGGGUUGCCUGGGAAAAAGGGAGAAAAAGGUGAUCCAGGAUCUCAGGGCAGCCCAGGUUCCAGAGGCCCCCCUGGGGAAUACGGGGCGAAGGGCUUCCCAGGGGACCCUGGUAAUCCCGGACAAAACAAUAACAUCAAAGGACCGAAGGGCUCCGAAGGAGAACAAGGAAGACAAGGUAGAACUGGACGGAAAGGGACACAGGGCAGCCCUAGUUCCAGAGGAAGCAGGGGAAGAGAAGGUCAAAGGGGGCACUAUGGUCCCCCGGGGCAGCCGGGCGACGCUGGGCUUGAAGGUACACAGGGAGCUGAAGGAUUACAAGGCCCACAGGGGCUACCCGGAGCUCCCGGCAGGAGAGGAGAGAGUGGAGGCCAGGGGUACAAAGGACCUCAGGGCACUCCUGGGCCAACGGGAGCUAAAGGGAGUGUUGGCAGACCGGGGCCUUCAGGGAAAAUGGGAGAACCUGGACUUCCUGGGGAUCCUGGGCCAGUGGGGCAACCUGGACAGCGAGGAAAACAGGGAGAUUAUGGCAUCCCAGGCUAUGGUCAUAUGGGACAGAAAGGAGUAAAGGGCCCAAGAGGAUUACCUGGAGAUAUGGGGCAAAAGGGUGAAAUUGGCAAUCCUGGAAUUCCUGGGGCACCUGGACCCAAAGGAUUUCGGGGACUACGACUCACUAGAGGUUUGAGAGGUGGGAAGGGAUCUCGAGGACCUCAUGGACCUCCUGGACAGAGAGGCCCGAAAGGCAUGGCAGGGACACCUAUAUAUUCUGAAUGUGAUCUGAUCCAGUUCGUGCGGGACCACAGUCCUUGUUGGAAAGAAAAGUGUCCACUAUAUCCAACAGAACUGGUAUUUGCCUUGGACCAGUCCUAUGGUAUCACAGAACAGAGAUUUAAUGAAAUGAGAAAUAUCAUCACUUCAAUUGUCAAUGACCUUAACAUCAGGGAAAACAACUGCCCUGUAGGAGCAAGAGUUGCUGUGGUUUCCUAUGAUUCAGGCACCAGCUAUCUCAUCCGUCGGUCUGACUACCAUAGCAAGAAGCAACUCCUCCAGCUUCUUUCCCAAAUAAAAUAUAGAAGCCCCACGGCAGCUCAAGACAUUGGUAAUGCGAUGAGAUUCGUGGCCCGGCACAUUUUCAAGCGGACGCCUGCGGGAGCCAACAUGAGGAGAGUUGGUGUGUUUUUUAGCAAUGGGCAAGCAUCCAGUAGGUCAUCCAUCAUCACUGCCACCAUGGAGCUCAGUGCCCUGGAUAUCAGUCCAACAGUCUUUGCUUUUAAUGGAAGGGAUUUUCUUGAUGAGGCUUUUGGGUUUGACGACACUGGGACAUUUCAGGUGAUUCCACCUCCCUUAGAUGGGCAACGUGAAUCGUCAGAAAGACUUUGGCGCUGCACACUUUGCUAUGAUAAAUGCUCUCCAAAUGCUUGCAUCAAAGAGGUUCUUUUACCUGAAAAUUCACACAUGGAUGUAGCUUUCCUCUUAGACAAUUCUCAGAAUAUAGCAAAAGAUGAGUUUAAGGCUAUGAAAGACCUGGUGACCUCAAUGCUUGACAACUUCAACAUUGCUUCGGACCCUUUAAUCCCAGACUCUGGGGACAGGAUUGCCUUGGUGAGCUAUUCUCCUUGGGAUGGCUCUAGGAGAAAGAAGGGUACAGUCAAAACAGAGUUUGAGUUUACAACUUACAACAACCAAGUCCAAAUGAAGAGCUACAUCCAGAAUUCCCUCCAGCAGCUAAAUGAAGAAGCCACCAUUGGCCAUGCCCUACUGUGGACCCUAGAGAAGCUCUUCCCAGAAGCACCCCACCUGAGAAAACAUAAGGCCAUCUUUGUGGUCUCAGCUGGAGAAAACUACGAAAAGAGGGAGUUAUUAAGGAAGGUGGCCCUGAGGGCCAAGUGUCGAGGCUAUGUCAUGUUUGUGAUUUCCUUGCGCUCUCCACAUAAGGACAGCUUGGAGGAGUUGGCCAGCUACCCACUUGAUCACCAUCUGAUACAGCUUGGGAGACUUCAUAAACCGGAUCUGGAUUAUAUUAUGAAGUUUCUAAAGCCAUUUGUAUACACAGUCAGACGAGGAUUCAAUCAGUACCCACCUCCAAUGCUUGAGAAUGCCUGUAGACGGAUCAGUUUACAAGAUGACAAUCAAGAUCUCCAUUUCUUAGUUACUCCUGAGCCACGUGGGACUUUUCUAGAAGAGAGCAGCUACAUUGACCAGGAAUUAAGUGCUGAGAUGGAUUCGUCUUUUAUGUUGGAUGGCAAUGGAGAUGACCAUUUGCUUCACAUUCCAAGCCAGAUGUUAAUGCCACCAAAAAUAAUAGUUAAAUAUGAAAAAGAUCAGGAUACUGGAGAAAUUGCAAAUCUCACUUCUGGACAUGAAAACCAUAGCAGAAAAGAAGAACUAGGUUCUACCAACCAACCUGGAGACGCCUCUCUUCAAGAGUAUUACAUGGAUAUAGCUUUCCUCAUUGAUUCUUCCCAAAGAGUAGGAAAUGAUGAGUUUAAGGAAGUGAAAGCUUUCAUAACCUCAGUGCUUGAUUACUUUCACAUUGCUCCAGAUCCACUGACUUCCACCUUAGGAGAUAGAGUGGCAGUCCUGACCUACUCUCCUCCAGGCUAUAUGCCUAACACUGAAGAAUGCCCUGUCUACCUGGAAUUUGAUUUGCUUACUUAUAACACUAUAUACCAAAUGAAACAUCAUCUCCAAGACUCUCUUCAACAUCUCAGUGGAAAUGUUUUUAUUGGUCAUGCCCUGCAGUGGACAAUUGACAAUGUCUUUGCAGGAACCCCCAAUCUGCGGAAAAACAAAGUUAUCUUUGUUAUAUCUGCUGGAGAAACCAACCCCUUAGAUAAGGAAGUCUUAAGGGAUGUAUCUCUGAGAGCCAAGUGUCAGGGCUACUCCAUAUUUGUGUUUUCAUUUGGUCCUGUACACAAUGACAAGGAAUUAGAAGAAUUAGCCAGCCACCCACUGGAUCAUCACUUAGUCCAGCUUGGUCGAACCCACAAGCCAGACUGGAACUAUAUCAUCAAGUUUGUCAAGCCAUUUGUCUAUUCAAUCAGACGUGCCAUCAAUAACUACCCUCCUGCAGAUCUGAGACCCAAGUGUGCGAACGUCACUUCUCCCAACCCAGAGGCUGCAGGCACAGGAAACACUGUCUUCCUUAUUCCUGAGGUGUAUGAAAUAGAGACAGAAAGCAGUGAGCUGUUUGGUGAAUCUGGUGCCCAGGAGCAGCACAUCUUUGUUUUAGGGAGUGAUCAUAGUAAUGGUUCUGGGACGGCUACUGAUUUGCUUCAGAAGUUGUACAUGCUCUUGUCAACGGGGGAUCUGAUGGUGAAAGAUGAGAAAGAGGCACAUUCAGAAGAAAGUACAGCUCCAGCAAAUGAUGGUGAGGACACGAGAUAAUCACAGCAGAAAAGAGCUCCAUUGACAUGUGCAAUUCCCUGUGGUUCUAACCAGAAAGUAUAAAUAAAUUAUCUAUUGAAGGUAUGGAGGGGUGAGUUGCAGGAAUUUUUCAAUUUUUACAACUGGCUAACCAUAUGCUAAAUUUGUUCUGUUUCAAAUCUUCGGGAAAGACUUUUUUGAGUGGAGACAUCAGUGAGCAGAAUUGAGAAACUAGGGAUGAUUUAAUUUCUCCUGAGAACUGAGACAACUGACCUUGAAGAGUUAGCUAACUGAAUCUUUCCUUUGACAACUCUGUAGCGUUCGGGACUCAAUUCCGAUGAUAUAUCUGCCUACAGAAGAUUUUUGUCAUAAUUUUCAUCACAUCUAUAUCUCACAUUGGGCUCUUGAGUAAAAAGCAGUUAGAAUUUCUUAUUGAAUAGGAAUGUCUUCUAUUUAUUCACAGAACUGGAAACCCAUGUCCUUGUCUUUGGUUCUGCUAUGACUCUACUGUUGCCUCUCUUACUGGUUCCCCUGUGAAAUCCUCCCCCUUAGUCAAUGCUUGCUCUUUCCCUGGGCAUUUGCAAAAGAAUGGAAUUUGUGAGAAAGCAAAAAGUGAGAGGAGGCUAAUUUGAUGAGCUGCUAUUUUGCGCUCUAAUCAUUUGCUCUGCGUUUUAGCAUGCUUUGUGUGUACUUGACUUUGCUGCAACAAAACAAAACAUUAUGGAAAAGCGUGAAUACUCUAUAUGACCAGAGCUUAUUCUGUUCACUUUUAUUUAACUGUAGUCUAACUCAGACCCACUGAGAACACCACUACAGGAUUAAACAUAUUUGGAAAAUAAAACAUGAAUGUAAAAUAAAUAAGUCCAUAGUGAAUUCAUUUCAAAAAAGUCAUUCCAUUUUACUAAGGCAGGAAAAAUGACUAAGUUAAUGAGUAUAUAUUGCCUAUUUUUAAAGUGACUGUGUGAAUGGGGUAAUACUAUAAGGAGUUUUGUACUUUUUCCAUGUAAUUUUCCUUAACAUUACCCUUGCUGUUUGAACAAUUUAAAAAUAAUCUAAUCAAUUAUUUCUAGGCUGU